AUGAGAAUUGCGGCGCGAUGGGAUAAGCAGGUCGAACAUCACAGCUGCCCAGAGAAGUGGAUACCGUACGACACACUCGAUAUACACGAACAUGCUCACUACCAACAACGGAUACGACUCCGAAGCGGUCCUCUUUCACAUGUUUCUCAGCUACCUGCCCCUCUUUCUCAGACCUGUCUACUGGCGUUGGCGUUUUGGGUUACGUGGGUGCCAUUCGAUAGGAAUCUCGCGGUUGCGGAAGCUGAUGGGAGGGAGUUUGACAAGCUUUUCUGGUUUGCUGGAGUGGCACUUUUUACAGUCUACGAGUACUACGCACACCUCACUUUUUUCAUAGAAGACAUAUCGAUUGUUGUUGAGAAGCCAUUGCAGCACUGGCGCCUUUUCCCUUGCCGGACAAGACAAGAUACGUGA